ACAACAUGAGAGCAUCUGAUUAAGUAAACUAGACGCGUAUUUUUCGUGAUACAGAUACAUUUAAGCAAGAAUUCAAGCAUAAGUUAAGCGCAAACGAAUAAAAUUUCAUUAUGACGGAUGUAAAUUUAUCUGCAAUACUUUACAAAAAGCUUGAUCUCCGCUUGGAAGAGAGGCCGAUACCAGAGCCAGCAAAGGGAGAAGUACAGUUAUGUAUGCAGAAAGUUGGAAUUUGUGGAUCUGACGUACACUACUGGCAGCACGGCCGUAUUGGUGACCGUUUCAUUGUGACAGGACCCAUGCUUCUAGGGCAUGAGUGCAGUGCAGUAGUAACCAAAGUAGGAGAAGGUGUAUCUCAUCUUAAAGUUGGAGAUCGAGUUGCUAUAGAGCCACAUGGGGUGUGUCGCACAUGUGAACAAUGCAAAAGUGGGCGGUAUAACCUCUGUCCGAAUGUGUUCUUCUUAGCCACGCCUCCUGACAGUGGAGCACUAGCAAGAUAUCACGUGCAUGGAGCAGAUUUUGUAUUCAAAUUACCCGAUAACGUGAGCUUUGAGGAAGGGGCCCUUAUCGAACCAUUGUCCGUGGGUCUUCAUGCAUGCCGACGAGCCCGACUUGCUAUGGGUCACAGAGUGUUAGUUUGUGGAGCUGGGCCUAUUGGAUUGUGUGCAAUGUUGUCGGCGAAGGCAUUUGGUGCUUCGGCAGUAUGUGUAACAGACAUAGACCCAAAACGUCUUGAAUUUGCAAAGGAGGUCGGCGCUACACAUACUGUAUUGAUAGAGCGUGGAUCCAGCGAAGAGGAAGUUGCCAAGAAAGUAGCGGAAACACUAGGUGGCGCUCCUGACAGAACUAUUGAAUGCAGUGGAGCCCAGUUUUCUGUUAACCUUGGCGUCUUUGCAACUAAACCAGGUGGAGUUUUCACAAUUGUUGGACACGGACCAAACAAGGUUGAGUUUCCGGUUGUAAGUUUGGUUGCUAAGGAAAUCGAGAUAGUCGGCUCUUUUAGAUAUAUCAACACAUGGCAAACGGCAAUAGAUAUGAUAUCUUGCGGGAAAAUCAACGUGGCUCCCUUAGUUACCCAUAGAUACACAUUAGAGGAAACAAUGCAAGCGUUUGAGAUGUCCAAAUCGGGUCAAGGGGUCAAAGUGAUGAUCGACUGUGCAAAGAAAUAGAUCAUGCACAUGAAAAUGGAUAGCAUGGCGUUUGAAGUCUUAAAUAAUGUUUUAUUCCUAUAUAAUCAUUUGUUCCAUCUAAAGUUGAUAUCUUUUUAUUGAAGUGUUAAGAUUACAAGUUUUUUAAUGAUGAUGAAGAAUAAACGGGUUAAAAUAA